AAGAUUACAUUUGUUUUUUUUUACUCAAAUUGGCUUUAAAUAGUUCAAACCUUUAGAGUUUAGACAUUAGACAGUUUUUGUAGACUUGUAGCUCUAUUCAUUAAAUGAUAAAGAUGAUCCGUCAUUGUAAGACAUAGAGUAUAUAUUAGUGAACGAAAGAAUUAUGGCACCCAAAACAUCGUCAGCUACACUUCGUCUGAAACAAGACUACUUACGACUAAAAAAUGAUCCGGUGCCAUAUGUAAUCGCCGAGCCAAAUCCGACUAACAUAUUGGAAUGGUACUAUGUAGUAAGUGGACCUGACGAUUCACCAUACGCUGGUGGUUAUUAUUUGGGAAGGCUAGUUUUCCCAAGAGAUUUUCCAUUUAAGCCACCCAGCAUUUACAUGAUCACUCCUAACGGCAGGUUCAAAACUAAUACUCGCUUGUGUUUAUCUAUAAGCGAUUACCACCCAGAUACAUGGAAUCCAGCAUGGAGUGUAUCUACUAUACUUACGGGAUUGCUUAGCUUUAUGCUGGAGAAUAGCCCAACAAUGGGUAGUAUAGAGAUGACUGAUUAUGAGAGGCGGCAAUUAGCUGCUCAAAGCUUAGAAUCAAAUGUACGUGACGAAAAUUUCUGUGAACUAUUUCCUGAACUUACCAUGACAAUACAAACUGAAAUUGAAAAACGGAAUUUGGCUAGAGCUAAUGAAGAGCAGUCACCAAGCAUGGAUAGCAGCCAACCUGAAAACAAUAUUCUUCAUUCUGUCGUUUACAACAGUGUUGUGGUGGUCGGCUUUGCACUAUUCAUUUACUUAGUUAGGUAUGUUCUGUAUAACAUGAAUAUUGAGUGAAAUUUCCUACUCAUUCCUUUAUUUUUAAUUAAUUAAAUUAAAUUAAUUUUAUGUUUUAAAUAAAAUAUGAGUUGUAGUCAUAUGGAUGAAUAUUAUUAAUCACACAUUGAAAACUAUUGGUUACAACAAUUAUUUAUUUAAAUUGACUGAAUGAUCAACAGUUGUAAUCCUAACUUUUUUCUUAUCAUCUAAAUUUCUGAAAUGAACUAAGGUUAAACAAUAUAACUUAUUUUGUUCUUUUAUAUUAGACAGUAUGAAAAAAAAAUAUAAUUAUUGCAAAGUUCUACCUAGUAAUCCUAAAACUUUAUUUGA